GUAUUCAACGAGAGCAUGAUCGAGACUAUCUAUUAUCGUGAUGGCGUAAGCGAUGGCCAGUUUCCCAACAUCAAGAAUAAAGAGUUGAGGGGAAUUUCUGCCGCCUGCAGCAAGCUGCACACUAAGCCCAAGAUUUGCUGCGUCAUUGUAGUUAAGCGGCAUCAUACGCGCUUCUUUCCGAACGGAGUUCCAUCGCAAUACAACAAGUUCAACAACGUUGUUCCGGGAACCGUCGUCGAUCGCACCAUUGUCCAUCCCAAUGAGAUGCAGUUCUUCAUGGUCAGCCAUCAGUCGAUUCAGGGGACGGCCAAGCCGACGCGUUACACCGUAAUCGAGAAUACGGGCAACUUGGAUAUUGAUGUACUGCAGAAAUUGACAUACAAUCUUUGUCACAUGUUUCCUCGUUGCAACCGCGCAGUGUCUUACCCGGCUCCGGCAUAUUUGGCACAUUUGGCUGCGGCACGUGGACGUGUCUACCUUACUGGCUGCACCAAGUUUCGUUCUCCCCAGGAGGAGUACGCAAAGCGUUUGAUAAUGCCAGAGUUCAUGAAGACGAACCCUAUGUAUUUUGUUUAGGCAGAAAACUAACAAAAUAUCUUCACUUCUUCUAAACGAAAAAGAAGUUACAAAAUAUAAAUUAUUGACCC